AUGCUUCUGCCCAUUGGGGCCAUGGGAAUGGUCCUCCGAAGCAUUAGUCUCUUGGCCAUAACCCGGGUGGCGGCCGCAUAUAUGUCUGGUAAACUGGCAGUCAGCCCUUCUUAUAACGGCAGAGAUGCCUGCCCAUAUCGUUGCGUCGACUCUGGGCCCAUGAGCGGCAACUGGUCCGUCUACCACAACUUGGAUCAGCUACUUUCCUGCAAGGAAAACAUGUUCUAUGACUUUUCUCUGCACGAUCCAGUCGAUGAUCCCAAUACCCUCCACCGCAUCUAUGCUUGCACCACCUACGGCCCUGACUGGCUAGAUUUACCUGCACAGGCGCCCAAGUUAGCAUCCACCGAUUCUGUGAAUGCCACUUUUACCGUGGGUUGGUGGCCUCAACAGGGUGCCAUGGCAGCGUCGCUCCCAAAGCUUCUGAUUUCACACGUAUCGACGGCAAAACUACAUCUUGACAGAUUGUGUAAGUAA